AUGUGGAAUUCUGUGGUCCGUGUGAAAUUCGGUCAACGACUUGAAAAUGCGAACAAUCGGAGUCGAAGGGAUAAGCCGAGGGUUCCUAAGGAAGAGAUAGAUGAUGCUGUGCUGCAUUAUGUGCCAGGGACAAAACCAGUCGAACAGAAUCAUGUGCAGAAUCACGUACAGAGUCAGAGUAUAGAACAGAAGAUCAUCCUCCCGCCACCGAACCCUAAUCAUCACCACCAUCGCUACUCUUCUCCGCCUCAUCAAAAUAGAAGACGUACCUCAUCAGAAGCAACUCAUCAGACGCCUUCUCGAAAACUCCUUCCAGCCCAACCGCCUUCAGAAUACCGACGUCAUCUGAAGUUCCCCCAGCGACCUCAUCACAAUCAUCAUCGAGGGCCACGAACAUAUUAUUCUGACGACGACGAUGGCGAUUCAGAAGGCGAAGACGACGACGACGAUCUUCCGACACCGCCUCCUCCGAUAUUCGCCACUAGACUGACUUCGGAUUCUUGGGAGAAUCAGAGGCUUCGACCUGGGCGACGUCAACUUCCGGAAACACCGGAUUUACCAAAACACGGCGAACUUCCUCAACUUUUUAGUAUUUCACAUACUAAUAAUCUCUCCCACUUCCUCCAAUUCUUUCUUCUUCAGAAUAACAAUCGGACGCCUUCUCCUUUUCUUCUCUAUGCUCUCUCAUCUCCAUGGAGACCCCAACUCACGGAGCAGCAAAAAGAAGAAAAAGAAGAAAAAGAAUUUCAACAAAAAAUAGUAAUGACAAAUAUCUAUGUAUGGGUCCGAACCUCUCGUUCUCUUCAAUUCUUCUAUCCUACUGUAGAUGUGGAGAAGGAUGAUCCAUUUUCGGUUUAUUAUGAAAUUGCAAUGGAUGUGAUUGGAUUGAUGAAGGAGUGUGAUAGGAUAAGCUCCGAAGAAUUUGAAACUAUGGGUAAAGGCCGUAUCUCAAAAGUCUACACAGAAGCGAUAUUCCAGAACGCUGUGGAGCAUGGAAAUAUCAACGCUCGUCUUAAACUUCUUGUAUUCUCCCUUUUGUUCGCUGCAAUUCAGCAGAGGACCCCAGAUAUGGCAAAAUCAAAUCGAAAUGAUAUUGUAUUGACUCGCAUCUCGAAAUAUUUCGGUCCAAUAUUCAAACUUUUGUUCCAGAUGGAUGUCGGAAAACGGCUACAAGAUAGAGAUAUUGUACAAGCUAUUGGUAGUGGACAGGGCUACAAAUUCCUUGACGUCCUGUUCGAAGGAACCAUAAAACACAAACACGGAAAUUCCAAUCACCACGGGGUCCGCCCGUUAUCCCUAAUAGUUCCUCUGAUCCUUGACAAAGUCAACAGUAUCUCUCUUCCAUUUCUCUGCAAUGAAAUCCGACGUCACCUAAUCAAGGAUCCUUAUCACAUCGAUGAAUUCGCGUCGGAAAAAUCACCACAAAUAUUUUCUACAGUAAGACGAACCACACUGGCACAUAACAGUCGACGAGUUGUUCACUUGCAUUAUAUCAAUCGGAUUGAGGUUUUGAGAAAGGACGAAUUUGCGAAUGUUCAUUUGAGAAUAUGUAAUGAUAAACCAAAGGCGUCGUUUGUUUUCGUUCCGUUGAGAUGUGAAACUGUAUUCCUUGACAGCCUUUUCUACACACAAUGGAUUCUAUUGGGUGCUGUUCGUGGUAUCGUCAUUGUCAAGAACUGUCAAAACACCAGGAUUUCCGUUAGUUGUGAACAAUUGAUAAUUUUGGAUUCGAAAAAUCUGGAAAUUCAUUUCAUGUCACCAAAAAAGCCAUUGAUUUCCAGUAGCGUGGGCAUCACUUUGGCUCCGUUUAAUACGAUUUAUGAGGGACAAGAAGAGUUUUUGGAAGAAAAUGGGCACUAUUUCAACAAUAAUUUGGUUUUCAAGGAGCCGAUAAUGUUCUCCAGUGGUUCCUGGACAAUGGACACUUCAAAAUUUGUGUGCCAGAGUACCCCAUUAGAUGCAAUGGAUCAGCAAUUUGAAACUCUUCUGAACUCUCUUCCCGAAGAAUACCGUAUUGCUCACUACCGUAAUACAAUUGAAGCUCAAAAAAUGAUGGCUGCGGAGCCAGAAAAGUGUCGUGUCAGUGACGUGGCAACGAAUUUCGACCUACUGUACCUGAAAUCAAAAAUUGAGAAAAAGGAGGAGGAGUAG